GGGAGAUAAGGCGGGAGGCUGAGGGUGUCAACACAGAGAGAGAAAGAGAGCGGCGGCGCAGUUAGUGGCAGUGUGGGGCUGAGGUUCAUCCAGGCAGCCAGCCAGCCACCACACACACCACCAGGAACACGCUGCCCGCACCACCGCCGCCACCACCACACGCACCAUCACCACCACAUAGACACCCAGUAACGUCAGUGUCAUGGUACGGUCAAGUGUAGGCAGUGCAAAGCGUACGGAAACUAAAACAAUUACGAUCUUCACGACGAUAACUCUCAUGUGAUCUUGGUGCGUGCGAAGGUAACAGUUCUUGGUAUUGUCGUCACCCGAAUGUCCACCUUGCUUACGGACACACGGACACCCUCCUCCUCCUCUUCCUCCUCCAUCAUCACUACCCCGCAAGUCUGUUUCCCGCCAGUGUUGUUGCUCUCAAGACGCCCACCACGCCGCACGCCGCUAACCAGGAGCAUGGCAGCGUUCGGGACGGCAGUAGCGGUGUGCCUCCUGGCCGGGAUGCUGCCCCUGACACUAGCCAUCCAGGUCACCGUUGUGUGCGCCGACCUGGUUGGUGCCGGGGGCGUGGGCAUCCGCGUGUGGCCCUCCCUGAAGGCCUCGCCCGAUAGGAGCUCCAGGUCCAUGCAGUUCCGACUUCUUCAGAUUAACUGGGAGGCGGAGAGGCUGUUGGAGGGGGACUGGGUGGGCGUGUUCAACCAGGACCCGCGACCUCCACACAUGAGGCCGCCGCCCAUCCCGCUGCCGCCCACCUCCACCCGGGACUGGAGGACACCGCAGGCACUCUUCUGGGACACCCCGUACGCCACCCACGGCACCAUCACCAGCAACUACACGCAGCCCAGGGUCGAGCUGAGUGUGUUGGCGCGCGGCGGGUGCGUGGGGCCAUACGUGGGCUUCGUCAGGAACGGGGUGUGUGUGGUCGCGGAGUGCCUUGCCUCGCACCCCACCUGGCUCUACGACCACAGGGCGGUGCUGGGUAGUCGGUCGCUGCGGUCCCUAGUGCUCCCCGGUACCCACAACGCCGGCUCCUACACCCUCGCCGACGACAACGAUGUGGUGGCCGCCUGGGUGGUGUGUCAGGACGAGGACAUCAUCUCCCAGCUGCUCUACGGGAACCGGUACUUGGACCUCCGCGUCGCCUACUACCCGGAGACUCACGAGCUCUUGUGGAUUAAUCAUGACCUGGUACGGUGGCGGCCCCUUCAGGAGGUGCUGGAGAACGUGCGGGGCUUCCUGGCCCUCUCCCCCGACCCGGUGAUCAUCGACAUCCACCGCACGCCCGUCGGCUUCAACCUCCCGGAGUCCAUGGAGCUGCUGCUCUCCCUCAUGAACGCCACGCUCGGGGGCCACUUCGUCCACAGCCGCCACGGCCCGCACGUCACCCUGGACGACCUUUGGCAGAUGGGGAAACGCGUCAUCUUCACCUUCAAUGACCCAGCCGUGUCAGACUACACGCCGUGGGUGUGGCCGCCGCUGCCUCAGGCCUGGGCCAACGCUCAGCUGCUGGAUGACCUCCGCAGCUUCCUGGACUCACAGAUGAACAAGAGAUUUGAGUCGCCUCGCCUCUGGGCCGCCAUGGCUCACCUUACGCCCACGCUGUGGGACUUACUGUUUCGGUCCCACGUGGGGGUUCGCGGCCUGGCGGAUCGUGUGAGUUUCUCCAUCACGCGCUGGCUGCGGGAGCGGUGGGGUCACAUGGCCAACAUUGUGGCCUCGGACUUCUUCAGAAGCAACGACAUCAUCAACGUAGCCAUCAGAACUAACCUCGCCCUGUCCAUGUGUCGCCCGACUGACCCCUCGAGGCACCCGUACACGCUGAGAUGGACCACGGAGCUCACACUGCGUCAUGGGUCUCCCUCCACCACCAUCCCGCCCUUUGUCAGGAGAAUGUACUCCGGCGGGGCUCUCUGGAGCACUACCGGCGUGCGUCAAAUCCACUACCCCUUCAUCCCCGUCGAGAACAACAUCAGCACGGUCUACACCGCCAUACCCACCAGGAGGUCGUCCGUGGCUCCUGGGGUAACCUACCAGAGCAACGGCAACACGUGGCGAGAGGUAUUCCACUACCCUACAGACGGGUCACCCCAGCCGCCAGAGGCAGUUUCACCCAUAAGUGUUGCUCGCCCGCCAAGCCCUGCCACGCCCAGCCUCACGACGACGACUGAAUCCUCACCUAAAGUCAGCGUGGAAGAUAUCCUGUCGGAAUGGGACACUGAAGACAGCCACGACCCCCUGGAUGAGGAGCUUCCAGACGGGAUGGAGAAUUCUGAGUCUGGGAACACCAACAGCUCGGCAAGAAUGAGUGGCCUGCUCGAAGGCCAUUUGGCAGACAGGGACUCCGCCUUACUCAGUGCUGGACCUGGUGGAGAGGACACAGCUGGACACUCCAGGCUCCCAGGUAGUGGAAAUAAAAGUCCCUCUGCGUCCUCACCUUUGUCACGUGACCUUGGGGACAGGGAACCUUCUGUUGACGCAUUCGUUCAUACCGAUUCAUCGUUAUCUACGCGUAACACCUUGGAAUACGAAGGUUCAGUGCCCACCAUCAGCAGCAACAAUGAAAAUGAAUAUCUGGUUCUCACCAGCAAUGCUCAGCAAGAUAACAACACCGUGCUACUGGGAAACGAUUACAGGCAAGACGAAUACGUGCUGUCGGCCACAAUCACCGCUCUACUGAACGUGCCGACGUCACCCACGCUGAAUGCUACACAAGAACUGUUUUCCCUGUCAUCCAGGGAAGAUAAGGCAGAGGACAACAGUUCUUCGACGCUCACAAGUAACAACACAGAUAAUGACAGCAUUGUGUUGCCCAUCGACGACAUCAAAACUAGUCCCUCGCGCCCUGUACAUGAACACCUGCCUGUGGAGCACCCGAAGCAGAGGUUCCCGCUAGAUCAGGUGGAGUAUGAUAACAGGCCAUCAGAACCCAGCGACGACAGUAAGGAUGAGGGGGUCUGGGCGCCUGAGAAUGCUCUCCCAGCGACUGAAUCUACUCAUGAGGGACCUUUGAGAGGAGUCGUGACCCUAAAGCAUCAACAGGCAUCGGACCACUCAGUGGAACUCCCACAACCACCAAAACAGUCAACAGCUCAGACUUACACUCAGACCAUAACACCGCAGUCUGUACCUCCUGAAGAAACUGCGAAGUAUAUUCCUGUCACACUGCCGGCACUGCUUGCUGUCCACACGGGAAGAGCACGGCCCACAACACCAGUAAUGCCUGAGACCACUUCAACGAGAGUUCCACCUGUUGCUCCAAGUAUAGUUGCCCGGCCUGCCGCUCCUACAGUAUCCACGCAAACGCUGGUCUCUGAUGUCACAGCGGGCAAAUCGUCUUCCCAGGUCACUUAAAAAUCAUUGCAAUGGCCGAACUUUUGUGCCAGUCAGCGAGCGUCUGGGGACCCAAGGGAUGCACGAGUCGUCCUACUUCAAGCAAGGGUUUAGCGUCCCCAUCUUAUGUUUAACGAGUGGCCGGAAUAAGAGAACUGUGACAUAUGGAGAGACUUUUUAGAUUACUUAUAUUUAUUUACACCUGGCCAUCACAAGUUAGUGAACCGGUGUAGUGGUACCUUUGUCAUCCCACCGAUAAAAAACAGGCAGUGCAAUAGUACAAUGUCAGUGGUUUUAUAGCACAGAAAAACUAACGAGGAGAGGAAAUUAGUGGUGACAUCACCAUGAAGGAAAGGAAUAAACCAUUAAGUUGACCUCAUAAACUACAACAGAAGGACGCCUCAAGUGCUGCAAAUGGUACGAGCCUCCUUCCUGAGCAGGGUGGCGCAGUGUGAUUUGUUAGCGGCUACAAGUUCAGGUGAAUCUAUUUUGAUAUAAACUUCUUCGUCUUAUGACUCUCAAAAGAGGACUAGAGAAAUAUGUAUCACGGAUCUCAGCCUCUCGCGGCCCCUCAGUCGGUGCUCGGAGUUAAUGACAUUACAGGUACUUAGGCCUCCUGGUACAGAGGGUGAGCAACCUUGCCGACCAUCAGAACGUCGAGCCACAAACUCUAUUUUUCUUUUCUGGAACACAUGUGGCUGGCAGGGAACGUUAGCUAAUGAGGCCGAAGUUAUCUUACACAUUGUCCAAGGUAGAGAGAAGAUUUAUGUCGACUAUUAAUCCCUCACACUAAUUGUCUAACCAUAUAUUGUAUACAUAUUAUUCUCGUAUAUUCACUGACUCGCAAGGUGGCAACAUACUUGAGAACAGUAAAAACAUGUACAGUAAGCUACUCAGUGGAUCUUAAUAUGUUGUGGAAGUCUCGGUCAGAGCGUCAGGCUGUUUUUCAUUCCUCAGUGGCUGGUGCUUGACUCUCCUUGCGACUCGAGUCAAGGAGCGCUGAUACACUGACGAACAGGGUAGGAUGAGGCAUGAGGGUCUUUCAAUAAUGGCUUCCCCUCACAGUGUGGCAUUAGUACCUACAGUUCCCACAGGGCUGAUAACCAACGUCCUUGAUUCGUAGUUUUAAGAACAUCAACAAAUCCACAAAGCUACGGCUGCUUGAACCGAGUCUCUGAUAUUCUACCUCCGUGUUACCAUCAUGAAUGUUUCCGUAGUUAUAAUCUAGUUUCCACCUCACAUAAGACUGAAAAAUGUAACAAUAUUUGGCAGCGUAUUCAUGUAAAGUUUACCAUUUAGCUAAUCCGUCCGAGUCUUUGGUGAUUUAGGAAACAGUGGCUCUGGAAGAUUAGAAGAGGAAGAGAUGUAGAAGGAGUAGGAGGAGUGGAUUGGAAUGGAAGGGCAGGUAUGAUGGAACAGAUGCAGGGCACAAAAAUAGAAGGAAUAUGUGAAAAUGACAGCAGAGAGAUAGUUUAGGGGGAAAAGUACAUAUGGCAACUCACUGAUAAGACUAGUGAAGAGGAUGUGCUUGUAGACAAUGAUAGCAUCCCUGAACUAAGAGAAGCAAGAGCAAUGAAGUCAGACUUAACUCUCUCGCUCAAGAUUCUGAACUUCCCUAGGUUUGCGCACCCUUCUAAGAGAGGCUGCCGCUAGGGAAGGAAGCUGAAGGAAAGGGUGGGCGGGGGUGGAGAAAGACAAGCAGGCUGAGAUGAGAAGGAAGGCAGGAAGGUUAAGUACGAGGGAGGUCAGAUUAAUGAGAAGGAAGGGAAAGGAACGACUCAAUAGAAGCUGCUGGAUGAACCUCUGGGCUGGAGAGAGACAAGCAGGAUGAGAUGGGGAAAAAGAAAAGGAUAAGUAGUUAAAAGGAAGGAAGGGUUCAAUAAGAGGAACGUCAAAGUAAUGAGAAGGAAGGAAGGGUUCAGUAAGGAACGUCAAAGUAAUGAGAAGGAAGGAAGGGUUCAGUAAGAGGAACGUCAAAGUAAUGAGAAGGAAGGAAGGGUUAAGUAAGAGGUAGGACAGAGUAAUAAAGGUGAAGGGAAAGGAAAGACUCACAAAAGCUAAAUAAACCUCGACCGUCGCUACUCAGUCCAAACAUUCAGUCAGUAUUUAUUUUUCCAAUAGUUUUCUCUCCUCUCCAUAGGUGUGUAUAGACGAAUGUGUAUUUAUUGAUUUCCUUAACUACCUUACUUCCGUAUAUCCUGAGCCGUGGACAAACACUAGAGGUAUAGAUAGAAAUAAAAGUGAACAUGAAAAGGAAAACAUUCUUAUUUCUCCUCCUGAGGUACAUCGGCUGCCUGGCAUGUCGGUCUGUUCCGUGGAAUAUGUCACCAGAAAUAUAUAUUUAAUCAUGGA